AUGGCACCAAACACCACUGAGGAGCCAGACCUUGGUUCCAGCCAUGAAUCAAAUUGCCCAACCACACAGCCAGAAUCUGGAAAUACAGCUUCUUCACAACCACUGGUGUCUUCUUCGCCUAUAGAUGAAGCCCAGACUGUCCCCUCAACAAAUCAACUGGAUGUACGAAGCGUGACGGAGCCAUUAACACCACCAUCCUCGACUCCUCCGCCAGCAGAGCACUUCGGCAUCCCGCCUCCCUUGUCCGCCUCCAACCCGGAGAGCCUAGCCAUCGUCACCAUGUCUCCGACCUCGACCUCGCCCUCGGAGCAGCCCCAACAGACUUCAGAUACUCCUCAACAACCGCAGACCUUCUCGCCAGAGGCCCAGCUGAACUCCGAGUCUUCAGAACCAAAGCCGCUGAGCCCUGCGAUAGGCCCUUCGUCAGAUCUCCCCAGCCCAUCCCCUAAAGAAUCCGAAGAUGCUGGCAUUCCAUUGGUGAUCACUCUACUCCUGACGACUGGCGCCAGACAUCCGUUUAAAAUUGAUGGGAGAUAUUUGCGCAAACGUGAAGUCAACGUCCCCGAUAAUGACCCGUUCGCCAUGAGUGUUUAUACCCUGAAGGAAUUGAUAUGGAGGGAGUGGAGAUCAGAAUGGGAGCCUCGACCAUCUUCUCCAAGUUUAAUUCGCCUAAUAUCCUUUGGCAAACUCCUUGACGAUAAGGCGCCCUUAUCGGAUUCUAAAUUCAAUCGAGAUGCUCCCAAUGUUGUCCAUAUGACCGUGAAGCCCCAGGAUAUCGUCGACGAGGAAGAUGCCAAAGCUCCCAAGGGCCAUUAUCACCGUGACCGCGAGGAUGGCGACCGAAGCCCUUCGUGUCGCUGCAUCAUUUUGUGAAGCUCAUUUUGUGAAGCCGAGCCUACUGAAAAGGCCUAUGGAAGUGCGCGGAGAUGGUGCCUUCAUGGCGGCUCCGCGUCUGGCUUGCCCUUUUACCAAUUCACCCUGGAUUGCAUAUGUUUCCGUACUCCAUAAAUGGUCUGCACGGAUGCAAGACUACGCCAGGUGCCAUUCACUUUUUUAUCCUUACACACACAAGCCAUUUUCACUCAUAUCAUCGUAAUCUCCUAUACCUGCCUUCGAUUGUCCGCGUUUCCCUAAUGCAUAGCGAGUCUUUCUCACUCGCCUC